AUGCAGUUCUCUACUGACAAGGGUAUUUUAUUUACGAAACAAGAUGUAUGCCUUUGUCCCUCCAUAACUCAAUUGCCAUGUCCGCCACCGUGUCCGCCACCCUCGCCUGUCGAGAACAGUUGCUCGAAAUAUUACCGAGAGAUAGGAGCAGAGAUGAUUGGCAAUCAGUUGCUCAUCAGGCUGGAAAAGGACAAAAGUAAAACAAAAAGGAAACAACAUGAAUGGGAUCCACCUUGUGAUUGCGUCGAGAUUCAAAGACCGACGAGCAAAAGAGGCCCCAGGAUAAUUAAUGCGAAUUACGAAGACCGCGUUAUAUUUCGUGUUCAGUCCUCUUCUCAGCUCAACAAAGAAUCUACUUAUAAUUCACAAACUGUCGCCUACAAAAUUGAAUCGUGCAAAGAUGAUCAGGACAGCCAUCGAUGUAAGACCAUCACUGUAUAUCCUCACAAGGGUAUUUCAGGAUCCCAAGAAGUAUACACUAAUCAUACAACAGAGGGGAAUCAGAAUGUUUUCCUACUGCGAGUAAAAAAGAAGACAGAAUGCCCCGAUCAGAAAGGCAGAAACGUCGAGCUUGAACUCAGGACGCCAAAACCACCAAAACUAUCAAAGCUUCCAACACCACCACCCACGCAACCUACAGUUGCACCACCGCAACCGAUAACUGUUGCCGAUUUGCUUGUAGAGGACGUAAAUGAAUCGGAAAAUUCGAAGAAACCUAAGAAGCAAUCAAAAAAGAAGGCAAAGAGAAAAUAG